AAACGACACCCACCCGCAAGGCGUUCUGCUACAACGCAUCAAUACAAACGCAGCGCUCUUUCUCUCUCUCUACAGCGUCCCUCACGGAGAGAGAUGCGGGCGCUCUUUUGUCGCAACUAAACAUAAAACUUCAACAUUGAGACUUAAUUUUGAAGAAGAGAUGUUAAAUUUUGGAUCUUGAAAUUUAAAUGCACGAAAUGUUACUUCUAGAUUUAAAAAAAUAAAAUGAGGUGGGAGCAACUUACGCGACACCCUCACAGCAGGAACCCUCCAGCAGCCAUUUUGGAUUGCGAGCAGCCGGACCCACAAUCCCUUGCGGCGAAUUAAAUAAACCAAAAUAAAGAACCAACAAGAUGGCGGCUCGCAUCGGAAAUGUACACAACAUGUGCUUUCCCUUGUUUUUCGCCGAUUAAGUUUAGAAUUUCCCCUCAUUCUUCCUAAUCUGAAGUACUUUUGGGGAAUUUAGAGGUGAUUUGUCGUACUUUGAUAUAAAUAUUGCUAAAUUUUAUUGAUUUUAACUGAAAAAGGUGAAUAGUUUAGAGGAUUAGGCAGGUGCUGAAGAAACUUCACUGUUAGGUGCAGCAAAUCAUUAGCUAUGGAAUCGAAAUCGCAUUCAAGUUCGAAAAGAAAAUCUGGGAGUCCGAAAAUAGAAAUGAAGCAUAAGCGACCCGCUUCUUCUCUUAAACAGGAAACAAAAACAAAAAAGAAAGAUGCCGAAAAUAAACAUCCGCUAAAAACAAGAUGGGAACCUCUGCAACCUGUUUCCUCUGUUCCACCUGAUAUGCAGAUUAACGCUUCAGAGGAGGAGGAGCAAAAAUCUCAUCAUCAUCCGAGAAUCAAGGAUUUGUUGGAGAGCAAGGAGAAAAUCAUCGAGCAUCUUUUCCUCACUAUAACCGGAGCAGCACUCCAAGAAUUAAUCCCGGAUUAUCUGAAAAAACGUUCCAUUGAAGAACUGAAAACUCUUUGUGCAGCUGAAAUCCAAAAGAUUUCUCCAGAAGAAAUUCUGCAGAUAAUAUCAGGUAAACUUCCACCUUCAGAUGAAAAGGUGAAACCUACAACCAGUGAAGUCGGUGAAGUAUCUACAGAGAAAGGUAACAACGUUGAAACAGAAAAUCCAGGAAUUAAAUCACCUGCAGAAAGAUCUUUAUCUAUCGUUCCGACUCCUGAGACAGAUGAAAGUUUUUCCAAUGAUGUGCUGGAAUUAAAUCCUUCUUCGAACGAAAUGAAAUCCAUCGCAGAUGAAGAAAAUCAGGCUCCUAUUUCCAUCGAAGAAGUUGCGAAAGACCUCUAUGCCUCUGAGAAGGAUGCUGAUAUUAUAGAACUCGAAAUGAGAGCCAGAGCUAUCAUAUCUUUGCUCAAAGCCAAAGGUCAAAACUCGCCAGAUUCAGAUUCGAGAGACAUCAGUGAAAACAAAUAAUUUGUGAAGAUCUUCACGCAACUUUGUAAAUUAUAUACUCUAUAAUAAUCUUCAUUGACAGUUGUGAUUAAUAAAAGUCU